AUGAUGAUCCUUUCUCUGACUCUCAUCUGGGCGCUCUCCAGCACAGCUGGAGCACUGGAGCAGUGUUCAAGCACAAAUGCAUCAACAUGUUUGUCAGGGUCGAUGUGUGUAACUGCUUGGAUUCAAGCCAAUUCAUCUGGACCUUUAAUACCGCAAAACAUCGGGGCCUGUGUGCCAUCCUCCCUGUGUCCAGCUACAGGCAAUCAAACAUUUUCUUUCAAAUGGGGUGUUUCGCGUCAAGUUGGAUCUCUUCAGUGCUGCAACACAAAUAACUGCAACUCAGGAAAUCUAAAUUUCUCUCUUCCUCAGCCAAAUAACCUAACGUGUUUCACUUGUAACUCCACCACCUCUCAAUGCAACUCUGAGUUACAAUGUCAGGGAGUGGAGAACCGCUGCGUGAAUGUGACAAGUGGGUCCAGCAAUGCAACACUCUUUGGCUGUAUAUCUUCAAACCUGUGUGACCUGGCUGCCAACCAGAAUGGCCUAUCUUUCUUGCAAAGUAUUGCCAACAUCACCGGUGGAAUAUCCUGUUGUGGGACCAGUUUGUGUAAUGCUGUUACAACAACAUCAACAACAAAAACACCACCACCACCACCAACAACAAAAACAACAACUGCCAGUGAUGCCUGCUGUGUCCGUCAUGAUAUGAUCCAUCUGCUGCUCGGACUCCUCCUCUUUACCCUUUUUUGAAGCCUGCUCACUUGCAU